UAAGAAGGUGCUGUAGCCGGGGGCGCGGCGCGGAGGUCGGAGUACCGAGCGCUGGUGUGCGGUGUCCUAGCUGCCGGUAGCUGCAACCCCGAGGCGCACGGGAGCUCUGAGUUCGGGGCGCCCUGGGUUGAGCAGUACCACGAGCAUCCGGCCCGUCGUCAUGGCCGACCACCUGAUGCUCGCCGAGGGCUACCGCCUGGUGCAGAGACCGCCGCCGGCCGCGCCCUCCCACGGCCCCCACGCGCUCCGGACGCUGCAGCCGUACGCGGGCCCGGGCCUGGACAGCGGCUUGCGGCCGCGAGGGACUCCGCUGGGGCCGCCGCCGCCGCCGCCGCCCCCACCCGGGGCCCUGGCGUACGGGGCCUUCGGGCCGCCGCCCGCCUUCCAGCCCUUUCCGGCCGUGCCACCGCCGGCCGGCGGCGGCGCGCACUUGCAGCCGGUGGCGACGCUGUACCCGGGCCGCGCGGCCGCGCCCCCAGGCGUCCCGGGAGGGCCCCCGUGCCUGCAGCCGGCGCCCGGCGCCCCGGCCCCACCGCCGCCCGCGCACGCCCUGGGCUGCAUGGACGCCGAACUCAUCGACGAGGAGGCGCUGACGUCGCUGGAGCUCGAGCUCGGGCUGCACCGCGUGCGCGAGCUGCCCGAGCUCUUCCUGGGCCAGAGCGAGUUCGACUGCUUCUCGGACUUGGGGUCGGCGCCACCCGCCGGCUCGGUGAGCUGCUGAGUGCGGCCGGGCGCCUGCCUGGCGUACCCGAGAGGAGAAGGGGGUCUGACAGCCCGCCGGAGUCCGCCCCCAAGCGCCCGGGCCCCGCGCGCACCCUCCGUGAGGGUGGAGGCAGCGGGUUGGCGCUCCGAGCCCGACGCCGGCUUGGGACUCCUGGCCUCAGUCCAGGCUCGGCGUCCUGCAGGAUGACAGUUCAGCUCCACCUCUCUGACCCGGAGCCUCAGCGGUAAAGUGAAGGGUACUGGACCCCCUUUCCGACUCCCGGUUCUUGGACUCUCUGUCCUCUCGGAUUCUCCCCUACCCUGCCCCCCAAUCUGAGCCAUUGCAGGCUGCUGCCUGAUCCCCCUUCUCUCCUUGUGCAACCCGCUGCGGUCACUGGGCCCCUGGAACCGCCCAUCCACGAGGCCUCCACCCCGCCGCCUGGGCCCCCAGGUCGCUGGGCCCCCCGCCUUGGGGAGGGGAAACUUGUACAGCCCUAAUCCCUGUACAGUGGAGCAAGGCCCCAUCUGGCCUCCAAAAACCAAAAUAAAACUGGGUCACUUUACA